UGUUCAGCUUUGAAACGAGGUGUAUCCGUAGGCCGUAAGCCCGUAACCCGUCUAGGUUCGUUCUUCAUUGUUCUCCACCGUACUUUUAAGUUUCAUCCUAAGUUUCAAAGUAACAAUGAGUGCUAAGACCGCGAUACCUGCGACCUCGACAGAAAGGAGUGGGCUUUCAGGCUUAAAACGUGCAAGGACGUCCUCCGAUUCAGAAGAUGAUGUUACAACCAAGAGAAGUUGUAUAUAUGUCCUUGCUCCUGAAUCCGAUCUUGAAUCUGAUUCAGGUACUGAAAGCAUAUUAAGCAUCCAAGACAAGUCAACAGAUAUUGUUAAAUCGCCCACCGACACCUGUUCGUCGUAUUCUUGGACCAGCAGAAAUAGUAGCGGGGCUUUUAUUGAUGUGGGGGUCGUGUCGUUGACAGAGUCGGACAGGGUUUACGAUUGCAUCCAUAUCAGAAACUCUUCCUCUACGUCUGAAGAUGCGAAACCUUUGGCAGCUGGAAGCCCAAUAGUCGACCACAGGAUUUCGAACAGUUCCGUGCAAACGAUCGAUGAUGAGAGUUUGUCCGAGUUAGAGGAAAACGACAAGAAGUGGACUUUCAAAUAUUGUCUAUGGUGCAAAUUAUUAAAUAGCAAUCCUUAUUUCAGAUAUUGUCAAAAAUGUUAUCUGUUAAGAAAAAGUUACCUUCCGAUGAGGCCGUGUCGAAAAAGACGUCAGACGAGAGUGGACUUGUUAAGUGAUUCGUGUAAGUUAGACUCAGCUGACAGUGGCAUUGCUUUAUCACAAAGCCAGUCUUUUCACAACGAUACCGACGAGAUGAAAAUCGAUCCUACUGGCGAGUUGUGCCAGAUCUGUCUCGUCAGGAGGAAAGACGGUGGGUUCUGUCACGGCAAUAUAAUCCAUGUGUAUUCAUGUUACAAAUGUUCAGUGAGAGCGUACAAGCAGAGUGGGCGUUGCCCCGUUUGCAAUAUAAGGACUAGACAGAUAUUUAAAGUAGUAUCUGUUUAACGAUAAUCCCUUUUCUAGGCAAAAAUUAUUUAUAACAAAAUCUAAUUUAUUUAUUUUUUUCUUAUAAUAACAAAAGUCGAGUUUUGUUACGACGGCUUUGACAGAGUCAUGUUAAAGAAAACAAAUGAUCUUUUGACAUUGGUAUGUCGAUUGUUACAUAGCAGAUUGGCAUACUUAAAUUAUUUAUGUACAUAUUGUAUUUAUUAUUUGGACGUUAAAGAUCAUCUUGGUCUGCCUAACGUUGCUGUUAUAUAUUUUUAUGUUAUGUAAGAGGUCUAAAGUUUUGGACGCACUUAGUUACCAUUUAUUUCUAAGUCAGUAUAUUUUUUUAUUUUUGUAAAUAAUAAAAACCUUUAAAAGGAA